AUGGCUCUGUCACGUAUUAAUGGCAAUGAGGAACUCUACGUUGGCGGCGUCUUUGCCCUCCGCCGCGUUCAGAGCCUCGAGGAGAAGAACAUCACGCACAUCCUGUCCGUGAUCGACUACUCGCUCGAAAAGUACCAGGAGCUGCGGGGCAAGUUCCAGCACAUGAGCAUCGACAUUGACGACGUCGAGGAUGCCGAUCUGCUGCGCCACUUCCCAAAGCUCGUCCGCUUCAUCGACGGAGCACUGCAUCCGCCCCACGGUAGCGAGGGCGAUCGACGAGGCAACGCCGUCUACGUGCACUGUGCCAUGGGAAAGUCACGCUCCGUCACCGCCGUGUGCGCCUACCUGAUGCACAAGCACCCCUCUCGCUUCGGCGCCGCAGAACGAAGCAACCCGGACCGCGAGACCGCAGCCCGCGUCGCCACCCAGGCUGCGGUCGACUGGGUUCGCCAGACGCGCGAGAUCGCCGAGCCCAACGACGGCUUCAUGAAGCAGCUGGCACUAUGGUGGGAGAUGGACACGCCCGCCGACGCCGACGAUGCCGUCGAGAGGCAUCCCGUCUACCAGCGUUGGCUGUACAAGCGCGAGGUCGAAGAGAGCAUCAGGAUCGGGCGCGCCCCAGACUGGGUUCGUUUCGAGGACGAGGAGUCGGCCAAGGAGGAUGCUGCCACGGCCGGCCUAGACGCUGCUCAAAGCAAAGUCGAGAUGAGGUGCAAAAAGUGCCGCCGCGUGCUCACCACGCAGCGCUUCAUAGUCCCGCACUCCCCCGCCCACCCGACAAGCCACAAGACACUGCCCGCUUGCCCCCACGUCUUUGUCGAACCGCUCUCGUGGAUGCGUCCCGUGCUGGAGACGGGCGAGCUCGACGGCAGGCUUACAUGCCCCGGCGCCAAGUGCGGUGCCUCCGUCGGGAGGUACUCGUGGCUCGGCUUCAAGUGCAGCUGUGGCGAGUGGGUCUGUCCUGCCUUCUCGCUGCAAAGGAGCAAAGUGGACGAGGUGGCCGUUGCCGCCGCCUCCGCCGCCAGGGGAGCCAAACCCGCUUCGGACAACGUAGAGGACCCAAGGGCAAGGCUGGGUAUUCGCAUGCCGCCGUCGUUGAGGGAAAAUCUCUGA